AUGUCUCAUACACGCCUGCCAACUCACAGAAACCCCGCACCACCGCAACCCCAUCAGUUGGUGUUUCUACGUGAAACUGGCGAGACAUUCACCUGCGUGAUCAUUUCAAUUGGCUUCCCAAUGCACUCCACGUCUUCCAUGCAAAACCCAGCAAGGAGCGCCACCUCCUGGUCUGGGCGUCGCACCCGAGGACUCAUGGGUCUCCCAGCCUCGCUGGACAAAUGGCCCGGGUUCCCACCUCAAGCAACAUAUCCCAACAACCUCAAGCACGUGGCUGGUAGAACUGAUCUUAACCCUGGAUUGCUUUUUCCUAAAAAUUCCUUUGAGGCUCUCGGCGCGUUUGCAGGGAAUGCAUCCAACCGAAGAAAUGUCCCCGACACGCCCUCAACCGUAUCCCCGGUUUUCCGAAAACCGAAAACGCCCCCGCCAUGCUCACGCACCCACCGUCGCCUUUGGUACACGGGCCGCCGAAGGAGGGAUCCCACGCAACUUCAGUAUGUUGGUCUCCGCGGGCCAAAGCCUGGGAAGAUUUUCGGGCCUCUGCUGGGGAAUGGUAUCUUCAGCGACGAUAUAGUGGCGAGUAGGUUGUGUGAUGGUAGUGGAUAUUUUGAUGAUCAGCGUUCAGGUGGAGUGUUAGACGUAGGUGGGCUGAGGAUGGUAGACGCCAUUUUAUCGCAACAGUAUACCGUGCGGGGGCAUGUCGACAGAGAGGGCGCAGAUAGUAUACAGAUAGAAUACACCAGCGAUAUUAUGGGAUAG